UUCGACCAUUUCUACGAGUCAAUAUAAUCUAAAAUUUCCAAGCACGUUCUGCACCGAACUUAAAACUUUUGAGAUAUAUAUCUUCGAUUUGAUCGAGGGAUUUCUUUGAUUGCACGAGUUGGAAAUUAACCUUGGCAUUGAUGAUGCCUGUAACAAGAGCAGUGUUUCCCGACAGUUCCGUUGGCCAGAUAUUUCUAGCCCCUAGUCCGGUAUCUGAUAGCACUUCGGAAAUCUCAAAACUCAAAUUCAAAAGCCAGUUUCUUAGAAAUCAAAGGCUGAAAGUUUUCGGCACCUCUCUGAAAUUGCUCUAUGCAAGAAAUACAAAGAUGGAAAUGGCUGUAUACAAUAGUCAUGGAACAGGACCUGCUCAUCCUUCUUCUCCUUCUCCUUGCAGGAAGGGUUGGGUUCUGGGAAUGCUAAUAUCAAUAAUUCUACCCUUUUGUAGAAGCAAAUGGGGGCCAUUACUGUUGAUAAAAGACAAAGUUGAAGAAGUGGUGGAGAUAGCAGAUCACGUUGCAGACAUCGUAGAAGAGGUGGCUGAGGAAGUGGGGAAGGUAGCUGAAGAAGUUGCCGAUCAUCUGCCGGAAGGUGGGAAACUUCAAGAAGUGGCCACAUUUGUUGAAAACGUCGCGAAAGAAACAGCGAAGGAUGCUAAUGUAGUUGAUGAAAUAAUUGAAAAGAUUAAAAAUCAGGUGGAAGAGUUGGAAAAGGAGGUGGAAGAGGAGGUGGAGUCUUUAUCGGAGCAACUCACGAAGCAAGCCAAUGGAAAAUCCGAAGAAUCAAAAGGCUGAGGCCAGCCAAGAAACACUUUGUUAUUUUACCAUGAAAAAUUUGACUUGUAAUUAAGGAAAGCUUGAUAAGUAGCAGAUACCCUUAUUUAUUUAUC